UACAAAGUGGAGAAGUCGAUUACUUUUAUAGCUCUUCAAUUGGCUGUUCUAAAUUCUCCCACUCGGCGCUUUUGUUCAGCCCCCACAGAAACCCUAAUUUACUUUUACACUGCACAUAUACGAAUAUAUACGUAUAAUAUAUAUAUAUAUAUAUAAACACACAUCACUGUGAAGUCUGCGCUUGAAGAUUGCAGCAAUGGAGGCUUCCCUAGGGCAAAAUUACAAACAAAAGGAGUUCACUUUGGCCUCUGUAUCUCAGCUGUCGGUGACUUCAUCAACGUAUUCUUUUUCGCCUGUUGUUGCUCGUUUCAGCAGUGAUUCUGGCGUCCCUGAGCUUCAAUUCCACCAAGAAUCUGAGCCAGAUGUUUCUAUUAACGUUGAUCUUCGUAAUGCACAGUUUUUCAAGUUAAGCCCUGUUCAAUCAGUAUGCAUAUCAGAAGUUUCUGAAACCAGUAAGGAGAAAACCUGUUCAAGAGGAAUAACCAUUCAAUUUACAAAGGAGGAGCAAAGCAGGGCCUUCCAUUGUGCGAUUGAGCAAUGGAAGAAGGAAGCUGUUGACGAAGGAUCUCGUCUUCAAAAUGGAACACUAUUACCUUCUAAAAGCAAGUUUGACAACAAGAUAGAGGCAUCUUCUGCUAAAAUGUAUUUCCAUUAUUAUGGACAGCUGCUACAUCAGCAAAAUAUGUUGCAGGAUUAUGUGAGGACAGGAAGCUAUUAUGCUGCAGUCAUUGAGAAUCGUGCAGAUUUUAUUGGUCGUGUGGUGGUUGAUGUUGGUGCUGGUAGCGGUAUUUUGUCACUAUUUGCUGCUCAGGCUGGUGCAAAACAUGUUUAUGCCGUGGAAGCAUCUGAAAUGGCAGAAUAUGCCCGCAAACUUAUUGCAGGAAACCCAUCACUUGGUCAAAGAAUUACGGUAAUCAAGGGUAAAGUUGAAGAAGUUGAAUUGCCUGAGAAAGCAGAUAUUUUAAUUUCUGAGCCAAUGGGAACCUUGUUAAUCAAUGAGAGAAUGCUGGAGUCCUAUGUAAUUGCAAGAGAUCGGUUUCUUGUUCCUAAUGGAAAAAUGUUUCCUACGGUUGGAAGAAUACAUAUGGCGCCAUUCAGUGAUGAAUAUUUAUUCAUAGAAAUUGCAAAUAAGGCCCUCUUUUGGCAGCAACAGAAUUAUUAUGGGGUUGAUCUGACGCCCUUAUAUGGGUCUGCAUUCCAGGGAUACUUUUCUCAGCCUGUGGUGGAUGCUUUUGAUCCGAGAUUAAUGGUGGCUCCAGCUAUAUCUCACUUGAUAAACUUUACCUCAAUAAAGGAAGAAGAAUUAUAUGAAUUUGACAUUCCACUAAAAUUCAUAGCCUCUGUGGGUGCUAGAAUUCAUGGGCUGGCUUGCUGGUUCGAUGUAUUGUUCAAUGGGAGCACUGUACCAAGGUGGCUCACUACUGCUCCUGGUGCACCAACAACCCAUUGGUAUCAACUACGUUGUGUUCUCUCUCAGCCUCUUUAUGUCAUGCCAGGACAAGAAAUUACUGGCCAACUCCACAUGGUUGCCCACAAUGCUCAGAGUUAUACCAUCAAUCUAACAAUGUCAGUUAAAAUGUGGGGACCUGGUGCUGUACAAGGAGGAAUACUCCAGACAUCAUCUUGCAAACUUGAUCUGAAAGAGCCCUAUUAUCGAAUGUCUCAACCACAAGCCUAUUCAAUGGCCCAAGAUCAGCAACCACAUCAGCUAUUACAAACACCGGAUUUACAAAUACUGGGAGAGGAGGAAGAGGUAUCUGAGUUGAUGCAACAACCAUCACAAAAUUCGGGGGACCAGCUCCAUUAAUUCACUGAAGGAAUACAGUCUAACAACUGAUGUCCACAAAGGAUGUUGCUGACAUGCUCCCAUGUUUGUAAAAUUAAAGGUUCUUUACCCUAGUGUGCAUGGUUUUCAGACCGCUACCCCGGUAGAGCCAUUCACCUGUAAAUUAUAUGACACCAUCCCGGUACUUUAUGUUUGAGUGUUUGUGCAUUGUUGUACAAUGUCGUCACAGUUCAAUCAGAUGAAUAAUUGAUUAUGCGAAUCGUUCGAGUUUCUUUGGAAA